AUGGUCGAAAAGGUUUCCGAAGCAGAAUUAAUCAGUGAGAUGGAGGCAAAGGAUAUAUACAGCACACGCUACUAUGAACUGAAGUACAAAUGUGAAGACAGACCCAGUUUAGUAAGUUCAGAGUCAUCAAUAAAAGAUUGGCUUCCAUUUUGGUCGCAGUUCAAAGUAGUGCAUGAUGAUCCAUCGAUUGAUUUAAACGACAAAAUAGGUUAUUUGAGACAAGCCACUGUAGACGGUAGUAAGGCCAGACGUUUAGUGGAGAGUUUUCCUGCAGUAGCCGAUAAUUACUCAAAAAUUAUAAAGAGUUUGAAGUCUAGGUUUGUCAGAGAGGAUCUCCAGAUUGAAGUAUAUAUUAGGGAGCUAUUAAAGUUAAUUUUGAAUCGAAUUUCUAGUAGUUCCUGUAAUGUUUCUGCACUAUAUGAUAUGAGAGAGAGUCAACUUCGUUCACUUGAGACCUUAGGCAUAACUGCUGACAAAUAUGCGGCAAUAUUGUAUCCCCUUAUUGAGUCAUGUUUACCGGAGGAUAUGAUCAGACUAUGGCAUAGAUCUUCACAGUUUUUAAGGCCUUCUGGUUCCGUAUCCAUGCACAAUGUCGAAGAAUCUGCAGAAGUUUCAACUUUUGAGACAAGAUUAAGUGGGCUAAUGAGUUUUCUACAAAAUGAAGUUCAAAAUGAACAAAAAAAUAAUUUAGCAACGGAAGGUUUUGGUUUAUCGACUGAAAAUAAAUAUAAAUCCAAUAACCUGAUUGAAAAGAAGAAUGUAAAAUUACCAAAGCAAGGAACUGAUCAGCCAUCAGCGACCGCUGCUGGGUUCAUAAAUUAUGAGGUGCGACAUUCUUCGAAGAAAUGUAGAGCACGUUUGAAUUGUAUUUUGUGUUCUGAAUCCCAUGUUGUUUUGAUGUGUCCUGAUUUACCUGUUAACAAAAUUGAUACAUCGACCUCAAGUAUUAGCCGCUCGGAAGGAAAUAGGACUGAGGAUCAGACGCUUGCGAAUUUGUAUAAUACACAGGUUUUUUUACAAACUCUGCGAGUAAACAUAAGAAGUGCACAUGGUACUAAACAAGUAAAGGCACUUAUUGACACUGGAUUGCAGAUAACACAUAUUUUACAACGUACCGCACAAGAAAUCGGUUUUUCUGCAAAAGGAACGGAAAAUAUCGUACAUACGUUAUUUGGCGGUAAAAGUACUUCUGAACAACGACAUAAAUUAUACAAGGUAACUGCGAGUGAAUGUUCAUUUGAUGCCUUAGAUCAACCAAAAAUUUGUGCAGAUGCCUCUCCUGUUUAUCACGGCCCUUGGGUUGAGGAACUUAGUGACAUGAAUAUUUCGCUCAGCGAUGUCGGACAUAUAGCACCAAUUGAGAUUUUGCUGGGAGCUGAUGAUGUAGGCAAAUUGUAUACAGGGAGGAAAUAUCAGUUACAGUGUGGUCUUGUAGCAGUUGAAACUUUGUUAGGUUGGACCCUUAUGGGCAAGGUGCCAGCAGUUGCUUCUAAUUUCAGCAUAUCUAUGAUGUCGAUUGCGUUGUUUGUUGAUAGUUCUUCUGUGGCGAAACUCUGGGAGCUUGAUAUUAUUGGGAUAACCGAUCCUGUAGAAAAAUUGACACGAGAGGUUGCGGCCAAGGAGGCUAAGAAUUUUUUCUAUGAGACCAUCCGAUGUGACAACGAAGGUAGGUAUGAGGUUAUGUUACCUUGGUUGAACAAGAGAAUGCUUUCAACCUCCUCAGAAAGGAUGCUCCUCAGUCCUCAGAAAGGAUGCUUUCUAUCCUUUAAUUUCAGAUAA